AUGGACCCCUACGAUAGUGAUUCCUCUGGCUUCGACGAUGACGGCGACUACACCGAGACCGGCGUGCUGUUGGGAUAUGCCUCCGAAGAACUCAUUGAGGACUCGAUCAGUCACUUGGGCGGCUGGCCGACCUGGAUUGACGAUGCCGCUCCGCCCCCGGGCGACUUUGCAAACUGCAAAGUCUGCAACAGCCCCAUGACACUUCUGCUGCAGUUGCACGGCGACCUUCCCGAGCACUUCCCCGAUGACGAGCGUCGCCUUUACGUCUUUGCCUGUCCGCGAAAGCCCUGCAACCGGAAACCAGGCAGUGUGCGCGCGCUACGAGCCACGCGCAGGGUGAAGAGCCAACCCGCGCCGAAGAAAGAAGAGCCGCAACCCACAAACAACCCCCCACAGCCACAAGAACAGACCCCCAAACCAGACCUGGGCGCGAGCCUGUUCGGCGCAAACACCUUGACCGGCAGUGUCUCGGCCAACUCCAACCCCUUCUCGUCCUCCAGCUCCCCCGCGGCCGCCAACAGCAACCCGUUCGCCGCGCCAGCCCCCGCCCCGCAAACCACCACACCCGCCGCAUCGUCGACCACGUCCGCCAACGGCCUCGCCGAGUCCUUUGCGGAUAAAGUGCGCGUGUCGGCGCCCCCAUCUACCCCGUCUUCGGGCGCCGUCCCGCCCCCGGAGUCGUCGGGCCCUCACAAACCCUGGCCCGCGCAGUCCGCCUUUCCCGAUGCGUAUAAGCAGUUCUACCUGGACGCCGAGUACGAGACCCUCUCGCGGCCGUCGACGCCGACGAUUCCGGAGAACGUGACGAUCGAUAACUCCGAAGAAGACGGCGGUGCGAGCGGCGGUGCCGAGCUGAAGGACGCGCUCGAGUCGCAGCUCGACAAGGCGUUCAUCAAGUUCUCGACGCGGCUGGCGCACAACCCUGAGCAGAUUCUGCGGUACGAGUUCCGCGGCACCCCGCUGCUGUAUUCGCACAAUGAUGUUGUUGGCAAGCGGUUCCACGAUGCGAGUAAGGCGCCCGCUGCGGCCCGGGUGACGACCGUCAAGAACGCUGCGGCGGGUAACAUGCCCCGCUGUGAGUACUGCGGGAGCGAGCGUGUGUUUGAGCUGCAGCUCGUGCCGCAUGCGAUCAGUGUGCUGGAGGAGGGCCGCGAGGGCAUGGACGCGGGCAUGGAAUGGGGCACGAUUAUCCUCGGGGUGUGCAACAAGGACUGUGCGCCGCAGGAGGUCGGAGUCACCGGGUGGCGGGAGGAAUGGGCCGGUGUGCAGUGGGAGGAAGCGCAAUAG